AUGAUCAAGCUUCUCCCACCUACGUACACUGAAGGUUUAAAUUCGUGUUUUAAUACUUGGUUGAGAGAAUGUAGAUAUCCAGAUGGUUGGAAAAUAGCCAAGUUCGUUAUACUAAAUAAAUUAAAAGCAGGAACACCUACAUGUGAUCAGACUCGGCCGAUAUCUUUGUUAGCUACACAUUCAAAAAGUUUUGAGAAGAUCGUGUUAGAAAGAGUGAAAAAUUGGGCAGAUGCAAAUCACAUUAUUCCGGACGAACAAUCAGAUUUUAGGCCGAACUGUUUACUGCCGACUCGAGUAUUAUCAAUAUUUCAAGAAGUCGAGAAUAAUUUCGCUGCUAAUAUUCCCACGUUAGCUAUAUACGUGGAUUAUCAAAAAGCCUAUGACAAUGUAUGGCAUAUGGCUCUUAUUGUAAAACUAUUUAGAUUAGGAAUGCCAUUAGGGCUGUUAAAAAUUGUUCAUUCCUAG